CUACUUUUGAGGGUCCGGUGACUUCCGAGUGAAGAUACAGAAAUAUAUCUGACAUGGUGAUCCAGACAUUGUUCUGAUGUUGUAGGUGUUGAAGUGCAGUGAUGAUGUUCCUGCACUCGUGUUCACUGGCCGUGAGAUGCAGCUGCUUCAGAAAGCCACGCAUCACAAUCAGGCCCUUCAGCUCCAGCUGGACCGCAAGGAAAGACGCCACAGAAAACGCUCUCAAUUUGGAUGUGUGGAAGUCAGUGAUGAGAUCUCAAGCGCUGCAGGAGGAGAGCAAAAGCCCGAAUCAGUCAACGCUGGAAGCCAACCGUGAGCUGGUGGAGAUGUGGCAUCAGGCGGGGAAGUCUGUUCCCAAGAACAUCACAGACGAGCAGCUGGAAGCUCUCACUGAACUGACCACCAAGUCUGCCAAGAAUAAAUACCUGAAGUUUCUCACUAUUAAGGAGUCAUACAAGAUCACCAAGAAGGAGAAACAGGAGAGGAGGAAAUCUGAGAGGGAAGCGGACGGAGAAUUUAAUCAAGAGGAACCCAAGAACAGCUUCCUGCUGAAGAUCUGGAGCAGCUCCAUGGAUUGCCUUCACAGCUGGCGAGUGGCGCAGGCCAUGCACUUCGGCCAGCCACUGGUGUAUGACAUGAGCUACGACCAGCACAUGAGCCGCAGAGAGAUGGAGAACACCGUUGCGCAGCUGAUGGAGAGCGAAGGCUGGAACCGCCGCGCCGCAGACCCGUUCCACCUGCACUUCUGCGGCCUGCAGCCGGACAGUGCAUAUCACCGUGAGCUCCUCAAUCGCUAUGGAUCGCACACGUGGGACCAGCUGCUGAUCACAGCCACUGAACGCAGUCAUGUGGAGCUGUUUCCUCAGCAGGACCUGGUGUACCUGACAGCCGAUUCCCAGCACGUCCUGCACACGUUCGAUCACAGUAAGGUGUACAUCAUUGGUGCCAUGGUGGAUCGCUCCAUUCACUCGGGCGUUUCUCUGGCCAACGCCAAACGCCUCAAACUGGCCACGGCGCGACUCCCGAUGGAUGAGUAUCUGGACUGGGACUGUGGAGCCAAGAAUCUGACCCUGGAUCAGAUGAUCCGCAUCCUGAGCACGUGGAAGGACACGGGAAGCUGGCAGAAGGCGCUGGAGUUUGUGCCCAAGAGGAAACACAGUGGCUUCCACCAGCAGAGCAGAGGAGUCACGAGAACCACAAAGAGUCGCUUCAUCCGGAACGAUUCAUCAGAGAUCCACAUCCCCGCUCUAGUUCAGAGCCACAGGAAGAACAAAACAGACGGACACAAAAAAACAAGAACCAAAAAAAUGGUGGGAGGAUCGUGAUUAAUAUUGUAUAAUUUUUUUGAUACUGAUCAAUAAAAAUUAUGAUUUCAGAUGACUGUUUAAGACGACUGAAAUAGUAUUUUCUUGUAAAACGUACAUUUUCACACUAAAUUCUCAUUCAGGCCUGAUUUAUGAACAUUA